AUGGCAUUCAGACUUGAUCCUCGUGGAGACCUUCCACCUUCCAACAUUCUGCCGAGCUCAUACUACCCCGAUCGUCGAGCCACCACAUACGGCAUUCCUUUCAAGAAACCGAAGCAAAAGUCAUGCUAUGACUGGAUAUUUUCCACGGCAUCAAAUGUACACAUAGCUGUCGACCGUGCCGCCUUCAAGACAUACAUCCCUUUCAAGUCAUACGUCCUCACAGUCGCAGAUCAAAGCCAUGUACCGGUCAAAGGUAUUGGUUCGGUGGAGCUCAAGAUACGUCGUGCCCCGGGGAGCAAAGAAAGCCACACAAUCUGCCUGGAAAACGUCCUUCAUGUACCUGGCUGGAUGUGUAACAUCAUCUCGGACAUCUGUUUUGAGCCGGCCAUCAAUUACGAACACACCUGGACAGAGUUUGGAGUCAACUUUUUCAUGCAAGACAAUGGUGCCUUUCGACCGUGGGGCUACACGGAGAACUUCUGUGGGCUCGAUCGCCUCGUACUGUCCCACAACAAGCGAGGGUACAGUCCAAUGCUGGAAGAUCCUGAUCGAGAGGUGUUUUCUGUCAGUGUGAUGUGGCCACAAAGUCAAAAGGACAAAUGGGUUCUCUGCCUCGCGGAAGAAAUCAAAUUCAAUAUCGAGCGCGACGAGCACAUGUCCCGCAGAAAGAAGACGGGCGAAGAGACAAAAGGCAGUAAAAGGGGGACCAAGAGCGUUGUGGUGGAAAACUCGAAGUGGAAGCUGAUGCCAGACGCGAUCAAGAUCAAACAGUCUUCCAGUGUCAUGCUUGAGGGCAGCGUCAGGCGUGAGUUGUUGCCCAGAGGUUCAAGUCUACCCCUUGAGAGCCAUAGAGCAUGA